AUGGACGGCGCCCAAAGCGAGGCUGUGCCCCGGUACUUGGUCGAGCAGUCGAGCGAUGGGAAGCGGGAGACGGUGCAGCUGCUGGUCUGGCUGCCAGGGGUGGAGGACAGCAGCCAGAUUUUCUUCCUGAUUGAGGGCCCCCGUCACCUGGUGGUCCACUGCCCGGGCCGCUUCCGCGCGGACAUCCCUCUGAGCACAGAUGUGGAGAGCGAGGCGGAGGCUGUUCGGUUCCUGAAGAAGAAAGGGGUGCUCAAGGCCACCCUGCUGGUGGCCGGCCAGCGUGGCGCUGCAGCCAACAGCGGCAGCCGCCAGCAGGAGGACGGAGAGGGGCAGGGCGAGGAGGUGAGGCAGCAGCAGGACAGCGCCCAGACGCCGCCGCCCAAGGAGCAGCCGGCCAGCCGGUACGACGAUGCCCAGGCGCCAGUGCAGGCAGCCCGGCAGCAGCAGCAGCAGCCGCGCAUCGACCCGGCGCCGGCGGGCCCUUCCGCCACCUCACCCCGCGAGCAGCUGGAUGCACAGAUGUACGCCGCCGCCACCCAGCACUCCAACCGCGACGCUGCGGCGGAGUUUUUUGCCAAGGCCCAGCAGGCGCUGCACGGCGGCGAGGCGCAGCGCGCGCACCGCCUGCUGCAGAAGGCCUGCAAGCUGGACCCAGGCAGCUCGCAGUACCAGGCAGCGCUGCAGGCGGUGGCUGACAGCGGGGCAGGCGGCGCCAGCGGCAGCUCGCAGCAGCCGCAGAGCAGCGGAGGCGACGGUAGCGCCAGCGGCAGCUCACAGCAGACGCAGGACAGCAGUGGCGCCGGCGCCCAUGCGGGCGCGCGGCAGGCCAGCAGGCCGCAGCCUGAGCAGCGGGAGGAGGCGGAUGGCCACCGCAUGUACCACCAGGAGCGGCGGCGCCAGCAGCGGCAAACCCGGCAGGAGGAGGCGGCGGCGGCGGCCGAGGCGGCAGCAGAGGCGCUGGCCGCCGCGGUGCAGGAGAAGAAAGCAAGGGAGAAGGCUCGCAAGGCGCGCAUGGCGACGAUUCGCUACGGGCUCAUCGGGCUGGCAUGCCUGUGCGUCACAGCCUGCUCGCUGUACUGGCUGCUGAGGCUGGCGCCGCCCGCCGCGCCGCUGACAGAUGCCGAGGGCGGGUGGAAGUGGGCUGGCGCCCGCCUGGCAGCCGCCCUGCUCUUUGUGCCGCGCGUGCUGCUGUGGCACCCCACGUGGAGCGUGGCGCUGCUGUGGGCGGCUGCAGCGGGGUGCGGGUGUGGCGUGGUCAGCGCCGCGGACUAUGCGCAGCAGCAGCGGGGCACUCCGGCUGUGGUGCCCGCCGGCGUGUUUGCCCUGGGCCUCAUGGCCGCAUGGCACCCGCUGCUGUGGUGCGCCUGCGGCGGCGGAUGGGGCGCGGUGCUAGGCACCCUGGCCGAGCUGCUGCCCCUGCAGCGCGCCUUUGGCUCAUCCACGCUGGCCCACCUGGCGCUCUACCCCGCCGCCUGCCGCCUGCUGCGCUGGGCCGCCUCCUGGCCGCUGCCGGCCGCCUUGCUUCGCGCCGUACUCGGCGCACCGCUGCUGUGGCUGUGGCGCCGCCUGCUGUGGCAGCCCAGGUGGUGGUUGAGCCUGCCGGCGGCCGCCGCCCUCCUGCUGGCCGCCGAGCUGGGCGCCAAGGUGCCUGCGGCGCAGAAGCGCGUGCCCACCGUGCUCUGGCUGCUGGCAGCCAUGUGCGCCGCCACCUGGUGGCUGCUGGGCGGCGGCUGGUGGGCGGUGGUGCACCUGGCAACCGUGGCGGCCGCCUUUGCCGCGCUGCUGGCGGCCAUGGUGCAGCCCUGGCCGCAGCUGGAGGCGCACCUGACCACCCACUUCCGCGCCAUCCCCGCCCCCUUCCUCGUCGCCAAGCUGCUGUUUGGCCUGGUGUGGGCUGGGACGGACGUGUGGAGCUGGGUGGCCGGCCUGGGGGCCGCCGUCCUGCUGUACCUGCACCUUGCCGCCACGCGGGAUUCGCGGGGGGACGGCGGCGGGCGCGGCGGCGGGCGCGGCGGGCCCGGGCAGCCCGCGGGCGCGCCGCCCUCUGGCAUGCAGCACCUGUACAACGACGUCCCCGCGGGGGCUCCCGAGGCGGCUGGCAACUACUACGAGGUGCUGGGGGUGGGCGGCGAUGCCGACGAGGCGUCCAUCCGCCGCGCCAAGCGCACCCUCAGCCUGGCCACGCACCCCGACAAGAUUGGCGACGCGCCGGGGGCCAACGACGCGUUCAACCUGGUCACAGAGGUGCGGCGCUGGGUGUGUGGCGACAUCCCACAGCACUGCGACCAGUGCGGCGGCUACCACUUCCUGCGCCGCACCGACCGCCCCAUGGCGGCGGCGCGGCAGUGCGACGACUGCGGCAUGCGCCACGCGGUGCGCCAGAACGAGGUGUGGUUCGAGGGCGCCAGCGCAGGCUUCCUGCGGCGCACCAUCCACAUGUACUGCUGCUACAAGGGGGUGGUCGAGGGCGCGGAGUGCGAGGGCACGCUGCGGGCGGUGCACGAGCGAGCCUUCCCGCUCAACAGACACGUCAACUUCUUCAGGGGCUUUGGGCUGUCCACGGGCGGCGGCGGCGGCGGUGGCGGCAAGAAAGGGCGGGGCGGCGGCCAGCAGGGCGCGGCGCCACGCGGGCAGGGCCCGCGCGGCGGGGGCCAGAAGAAGAAGGGCAGGCGGCGCUGA